AACGAAGUAAGUCUACAGCCUCAGACUCUCGUCAGCCUAAUGCCAUGGCUUCUCUUAAAUUCACUAUCGAUUUAGUCUCCCCUUCCCUAUAUAGAUCACCCCCCUUUUCCCUCCUAGCCGUUCUCCAUCACAACAGCUGGAUCUGCUCUCAACUCACGCCACAAUCUACGCGUCGAUAUCAGCUCUGGAUCACCACUAGCAACUUCCAAGCUUUGCUAGACAAGAAACAAGUUGUCUGCAUCAUACCAAUUACUCCCAUCUUCUUGUAAACAACAAAGCAGAGAUGGCGCCCAUUCCCUUUGCCAGGCAGAUUGAGCUUGCCGCUCAAAAGGACACGAAUGCCGCCGCUCCAUCUCCUAAUGGCAAGGCCAACAUCCUCGCUUCGGCAUUCGUGACCGCUCCUGGUCCCAAGAAAGCCAUGCAAGAGACCGAGACCAAGAUGAGCAACGUGGCCAAGAUCUACACGCUCUCCCAUGCCGACCGCAAGGUCCUAGCGCGGGGACCAAAGGUGCAAAUCGUCGACAGCGAGAACGCACCAGUAGCCGAGAUGCCAAUCGCUCUUUUCCGUGCCAUUUCCAUAAAGAAAGAGAUGGUAGCUGGCUCCGAUCCACUUGUAAUCAAGCUGCCCGCAGAACUUGAAGUGCGCAUGGUCCAGGAUCUCAUCUUACACUUCAACGAAAUCACCACCUGGAAGAAGUACGCGAAGGAGCUGCGCCCUUAUGAAGCCCCGGGAACAUACGAGGACAUCCAGCUCUGCAGCGCCGCAGAAUACCUCGGCAUGAUGCUGUACACGCAGCAAAUCUUCAACCGAUACUGGGCCCUCAUCCGCUCGGAGCGUCUCCCAGAGUACUCUGACAUCGACGCCUUUUCCGCUGUCCAAACCCCUCUCGGCGAGAACAUCUUCCGCAAAGUCGUCAAUAAGCUCACUCAGCUCGACGUCGAAGGCAAGAUCCCAGACCCAAAGGACUACGCGCUCUACCUCGAGCACAACGAGCGUUUCGGCCGAGCCGUGACGAAAGCCAAGGUAAAGAUGCAAAAGCACCUCAACUAUGUUGAGCGCAAGGCCAAAUGGGAGGCCGAGGCGAAACAGAAAAACGAUGCUGAUCAGAUGAUGUCGCAGCAGCGGAAGCAGUAUGAGAAGGAGAAGGAGCAAAAAGAUAAGGCCAAGUGGGAGGCGGCGAAGAAGACGGAGAAGGAGUUGGCUGUUCGUGUCCAGGCGAAGCAGGCUCAGCCGGGGAAGAAGAAGUGGUCGGUUGAGGAGGCGAAUCACUUGCGUCGUGUUCGUGGGAUUAAUGUGCCUAUUUAG